AUGUCAUUGCAGACCACAGUCCUGGUUAAUGGAACCUGGGCCACAAGGACAGUUGACAUUGGAGAGCUCCUUUCCCGAAAUCGUGAAUCAGAUAACACCUCAGGAAACCCGGAAAGAUGCAAGCCCCCUGCUACUGGACUGCUCUCACGAACCCUUAUCCAAGGCCCUGCUGUCCAAUGGAUACUUCCAGCGCGUCUUAGACACCAAGACCAGAAUGAUGUUGUGUUCAUUGGAGACAAAUUUAUUCAGAUCAAGGAACUAGUUCCUAGUGGCCACCUUGAGGAGGUAGUCACAAAGGCAGAUUUCGAUUCUAGAAUCAUCGGCGCCAAAAUCAUCAACUCGCGUCCAGGGCCUGGGUUAGAGGAUGAAAUAAAACAGGGAGGAAGGGUCCCGAGCCAUUCUCCUCGCCCUUCAUUGCUCGGAGAAAGAGUCCCGCCACAUAUCCUGGUGCUGGUGUUAAGCUCCAAGGAAAUUCUCUUCAUAUUUACCAAGGAAGGGCCACAAGGUUAUCCUGAAUUUGUGUACUCCAGGCGACCCUUGCCUGCCGAUACGAGUGCGCUGGAGGAAUAUGGAAGGCAUAUCGCCGUUGAACCUCGAUCGAGGGCGAUGGCAAUAUGCGCAGCCCAAAAGUUCUUUGGAGUGUUCGCCCUAAAACCAUCAUCCAAUAUUCAAACCGAAAUGGCUACUGGAACUGUAAACCCUAUUCAAGAGUUUGACGACAUUUACCUUUGCCGUGAGGAUGGAAUGGUCAUCUACCUGGAGAUUGGGAAAUCAGGUGAUAUUGAACGCCAAUCGAAUCUAGGCUCGCUAGGCUGUAAUCUUGAUACAGCGUUUGCAAUCCUCCCAGAAGGCUACCAGGCUGGGGAUGUUCUAGUCACUGCCGGUAGCAUGUGCGGUGGUGGUCUUUUUAUUGAGGAUGCACGAAAGCCUCCUAGGUGUAUCCAAAGAAUUCCAAAUUGGGGCCCAAUUCUAGAUACUGCUGUUAUAAAGGCAACAACCCACAUGCAACCUAAGGGCUCUCAGCAAGAAAUGGGAUUAUCUUUUGAUCGAAUCUUUACAUGCUCUGGUGUUGGUCCAGAUCAUGGCACAAUUUCCGAGUUGAGAUACGGCAUCGAAGCACAAAUAGGCCUUUCAAUUGAACAUGGAGCUUGUUCGAGCAUAACGGGGGUAUGGGGAAUCCCCGUGCCUAAGGCUGAGGGGACUCUUUGUUUACUCACAGAUCCGAUGUUGUCCUCUCUAAUAUUUAUUCCGGUCAGUGGCACCGAAGAAGGAUUUGCCAUGGAUGAAGAAAGAAGCGGCCUGGACCUCGACCAUCAAACACUAGCAGCCGGUAUAACUUCUGAGGGUGUUGUCAUACAAGUCACCGAUGCGUCAAUUCGACUUAGCCACGUUGGGAUUCAACAGCGCUCCGCCACAACAUGGGAGGAUCCAAAUGAUCGCGCGAUUAUAGCUUUCACCAGCGGUGCUCGAUCUCUCGUCGCCAUAGCUAUGAGGAAUGGCACCGAUAUCCGUGUGGAACUCCGGAAGGUAAAAUCCGAUGAGACUGGAAGUACAUGUGCUCUUGUGGGCCUUCCACUCGCGCUCACACAGGAACCUAUAUGCUUUGCGAUAGAGGAGCUCGGCGGCCAACUAUAUCUCUUAAUCGGAACUGGAGAAGGAAAGAUACUAGUCAUUGCAAUUAACGGGCUGGAUGGCUUAACCCCCUACCUCGAACAGGGGAUGGUUAUGGGCAAGGACGACAUCGAUUCGCCGCCCGAAAAAAUGCAACCCGUCGUUGAUGUGUUUGGCUGCGUGGAUGCUCCCUCACGGACACCUCUCACCGGCCUUAGCGGCUCCUUGCUAUGUAUUGCCGAAAAUACUCUCUUUGCUUGUAGCCUAGAGAGGGUUGCAAAGGCCGUUCCGCGUGAAAUUCGCGUCCGCGGAAACCCCAAGCGGCUUGUUUAUUCUGAGUACUUAAAUAAGAUCAUCGUGGCUUAUAAUAGGGUUGAUUUCGACUUCACACCAUCAACAGAGGGCACGAAGCGAUGGAUAUGGCCUAAGAUCGGGUUUCUAGAUCCGAACGGCGAGGCAAUUAUUUCCGCACCAAUCGAUCUAAGGGCCACAGGUAGCGACUCAUCACCUCCCACGGUGUUAACACGUCAACCAGUUGGAGGAUCUGGUGAAAAGAUAACAGCCUUACUGGACUGGAGAUUUUUCGGUGAUGGCAAUGAGUACCACAUGAUUGUGGUGGGAACAGCAUAUCCUCAAGCCAGAUACAAAAAGUCAAGGGAGGUCGUGCUUGAAUACAAAGGAAGGGUGGUUUACAUUACCGUUCGGCAAAGCCCACCUGGCACAGGAAAUAUAGAUUGCAUGACUAAACGCAUCCACAAGUAUGAUCAACCUGUCAGAGCCGUUGCUGCUUUUGGGCCGAGCUCCCUAGUUGUCGCAUACGGAGACGAUAUAAUGAUGCAAACUUUGAAUCCUUCAACGCGACAAUGGAGGAACCAGGAACCACACCGUCUCGAAUCUCAUGCGGUUUCAAUCUCAGUCAAAGAACCAUAUGUCUAUGUGUUAACAUCACGACAUUCCCUGUGUAUCCUCGAGGCGACCCAGGACGGGCUGGCUCUGUAUGGCCAGGCAGGUGCUGACAAGGGGGGACUUGACCAUGUUAACCUCCUCGGAGAUACCAAGAUUACAUUCACAGCCAAUCGAGGUGGGGCGCUCGUUGGGCUCAGUGAAAUCGGACUUAUGGACGAUAAGUUGCUGCAACCUGUGUUUUCGGCCUAUACCCCGUCUGCUGUAGUACGAGUAAGCCGCAGCUUCAGACCUGGCACCAGGGGCUCUGGGACUAGUUACGGUACGACGCUCGACGGUACGCUAUACAGAUUUCAGACUUUGACCGAACAUGAAUGGCGGAUACUGCGAUUCAUCCAAACUUCUUGUGUCGGUGAUGCAAAUAUAUGCCCCUUUCGGCGCAAACGCAGAAUGCUGGCAGACGAAUUGGGCCCCUCGCUCGAAAAGCCAGAAUACAUGCAUGUCGAUGGGGAUAUUCUUGCUCGUCUGACUCGCCGUGGAGCCAAGUACCUUGAAGAGAUGAUGCGGAGGAACCCUCCAGACGGUGUCCCGAUGGCACAUGCUGAGAAGAAAGUAGAGAGAUUUCUCGAAUUCGCCAGGUUGGUGGUCGGCGAUACCAAAGAUCCCUUCAUGGAGGUAACAUCAUGGAUGGAGAACUUGCUUCGAGUUGAAAUCUAG